AUGGCGGCGGCGGCGAGCUUCGGGCUGAUGGACAAGGCCUACUUCGUGGGGCGGGGCGAGAUCCUCAGCUGGGUCAAUGCCACGCUGCAGCUCUCCCUCAACAAGGUCGAGGAGGCGGCGUCGGGGGCGGUGCAGUGCCAGCUGCUGGACAUGGUUCACCCUGGGUCGGUGCCGAUGCACAAGGUGAAUUUCGAUGCCAAGACGGAGUACGACAUGAUCCAGAACUACAAGAUUCUCCAGGAUGUCUUCAACAAGCUGCGGAUAGGCAAGAAUAUUGAGGUCAACAAACUUGUUAAAGGGCGGCCAUUGGACAACUUGGAGUUUCUGCAAUGGCUGAAAAGAUAUUGUGAUUCUGUAAAUGGUGGAAUCAUGAAUGAAAACUACAAUCCUGUAGAAAGGAGGUCCAAGGGUUGCAAAGAGCGCACCCACAAGGGUCCCAACAAGUCAUCCAAAUCACUUCAAGCCAACAGAUUAUCUAGUGCUAACUCAGCAGAUGGAGGUGCCCUGAAUUCUAAUACUGAUCUUGCUUCUCCAGUUGGAAAAGUCUGUAAUGCUGUUAAUGAAGAGCAUUACAUGGAGCAGAUUCAACAAUUAUCUGAGAAGAUUGCAGAUCUGAAGGUUGCUGUGGACAACACUGAGAAAGAAAGAGAUUUCUACUUCUCAAAGCUGCGUGACAUCGAGAUAUUAUGUCAAAGACCUGAGUUGGAGCAUCUACCGAUGACCAAAGGGAUAAGGAAGAUACUCUAUGCGGCUGAUGCGAAGGAUUCAUCAUUACCUGAGGCUAAUGAAAUAAUCACCAGGUCACCAGGCAUGUUCUCAGAUGAAGCAGAGUGA